UUCACAGCGCAUAACAUAUUCAGUUCAGGAUCUGAUCUCCAGCUUCGAAAACGUAGCUCGGUUGUUUUCCUUGUUCCCUGUUGUUACGAAGCGUCUCUUAGUGCUCAUACGUGUGAUUGUGAAAAUUGUGCUCGAUUUCAACGAAAAUGAAUAUCGCCACACUGAACGCAACGCCCAUCGUGGGAUGGAAUGCAGGAUCCUGUGCGAAGAGCUCGAAAAAAUCUUGCUCCAAAGUGAACCGAAUGCACAAACAACAGGUACACGCGGGUUCACAUUCCACCGCACAAACGGUAAAGCGACCAAUUUCCAUACCACCCCGAAGGUGUACCGCUUGUCGCCUGUGGAAAGGUCCGAAGAUUGUGUGCAGAAUGCCGGAACCGGCGGGUGUCGUCCACAAGCUGUACAUGGAGCGCGAGCUGCCGCCCAAAGUGGCGGAGGUCGCCCGUAUGCAGGGUGAAGAUCCGGACAGGAAGAGUUUGAUGAUCGAAGAGCUGCGUGACAUGAUUUAUGAAAAAGGUGACUGCAUUCCGCAUCGGGUGGAUGAUGACUAUUUGAUCAAGUUCCUUCGAGCCCGCUUCUGGAACGUGCUGCACGCGUACAAUCUUAUGGUGCGCUACUACUCCUUCCGCGAAAGCAACCCGGAGUUCUACGAGAACGUCAAUCCGAUGUCACUGCGAUCGUUGGGAGACGACGACAUCAUCUCCAUUUCACCCUACCGUGACCAGGAAGGUCGGCGCGUGAUUUGCUUCAAGUUUGGCAAAUGGCGUCCGAACAAAAUCCCGAUCGUGGACCUGUUCCGCGCCACUAUGCUACUGCUGGAGGUUGGCUCACUGGAACCACAGUCGCAAGUGCUGGGUGGCGUCGGAAUCAUGGAUUUGGAGGGACUUACCUUGAACCACGCCUGGAACCUUACGCCGACAGUGGCACAGAAAAUGCUAGCCCUGCUGGCCACCAGUAUGCCACUGCGAACGAGCCAAAUUCAUAUCGUCAACCAGGGCUGGGUGUUUGAUACGGUGUUUCAGAUCUUUAAGCCCUUGCUGACGGAGAAGAUGCGGCAGCGGCUAUUCUUCCACGGUACCGAUCGUGCCUCGCUGCAUAAGUACAUCGAUCCGGAAGCGUUGCCGGAACGGUACGGUGGAACGAAGCCAGAAUAUCCGUACACUUAUUGGUUGGAACACUUGAGCCGAGUAGAGCAGGUUGUUGAUGAGCUGCAGCAGUUGGGGUAUGUGUCAGAUCCUUUGCUGGAAGAUUUUGUGGAGUUCCUCGGUGAGUUCGGAGUGACUCCUGUCGGCGGGCGCGAGAUUGUAAAUCAAAAUUGUGGUCCCGCUCCCGCUGACCUUGCAUGCGAACCAGGCAGACCUGCUUGCUUAUUCACUACGUCGUCAUCGAGGUACUCGAUCAUGCCGGAAAUAAAGGCGGUUACGAAGAGUGCGCCCAACGGCAAGGACCUGCCGGCGGUGGAAGAUGUCACCAACGGUAGCAACGCCCCAGUGACCCUUUUCGCCGAUCAGCCCGAACGCACCAAGAAGAUCAACGAACUGCGCAAGCUCGUUCAAAAUUACGAUGACUGCCAUCGAAGAAGCGACGACCUGUUCCUCUGCCGGUUUCUGUACUGUUGCGAUUGGGACGUGCAGGAAGCGUACGGGCGCAUCGUUAAGCUGAUCAAGUUGAAGGAAGCGAACCCGGAAUGGUUUUUCCACAAACCGAUCGCCGCCUACGGUGAGCUGCUAAAUCGCAACGUAAAAUUCGCACUAAAGCAUCGCGACAAGCGGGGUCGCCGCGUGUUUGUGACCCGGCUCGGUGCGAUUGACUUUUCCAACAUGGCCGUCACCGAUCUGGCUAAUCUGGACGAUAUUUGGUUUGAGCUGUUGUUGGACGAGCUGGAAACGCUCGAGAACGGUGUUACCUGCCUGAUCGAUUUGAGUGGAUACUCGCUGAAGAGCUUCCGCUUUCUGACGCCCAACAACAUACGGAUCGGUUCGGCAAAGACGGAUCUGCUGCCGCUGAAGAACAUCGAGUUUCACGUGGUCAACUCGUCGGUGUUUAUGAACGCAGCGAUUGCUAUCCUGUAUCCGAUGCUGAGCAAGAAGAUUAAGGAUCAGGUACGGUUCCACUACUCCAACUGGGACUCGCUGCACGAGUACAUUCAGCCGGAAAUUUUGCCAGAGGAGUACGGUGGCACGGCCGGGAAACAGUUCGACUUUGAAAGCAUCCACGCCCAGGUGCUUGAUCGACCGAACGAGUUUGAUCGAUUACUGACGUACGGAGUACGGAAGAAUGGUGCCAACGCUGUCCAGACGACCGCCCUCACGACCUCAUCGAAAGCGAAGGGCACUAAGGCGAAAGGAAAGCACAAGGAUGCGGAUAAAAAGAAGCCCGUGGCGGCGUGCGUGGUCGAGGAGUAAGUUAGGUGAUACGCGUCUAGAGAUAAGAGCCAGUUGAUAAAAUCUAAAACUUUUUAAAACAGAUAGGAAAUAAAGUGCCAAUGGGCGUUGGGGAAAUGGA